AUGGUGGGCAGCAAAUUCCACGAUGAAGAGGAUGAACUCCUGCUAACUCGCAUGUUGAAGAAGGGUUAUGAUCGGACCCGGAAGCAGGCCGAGAAGAGGGCGAUCGUCGAGGGGGUCGUCAAGGUGUUACAAAAAAAAAUUGGACGUAGCCACGACGAAUUGCAAAUUGUGAAGAAGUGGUCUGAUUUUAAAUGGAGGCACCCGGACUGGGUCAAUGAGAUCAGUCGCAGAGUCUGCCCUGGGCUUCCAGUGCCAACGGUCCGCCACCGUAUCACCACUGCGGAUUUAGAUGUGGUGGAGGUCUCCGCAGAGGAGGAGGAGGAGGAUGAGCAGGCGGGCCCCUCCCACAGUCUUAAGGGUGCCACCAACCCACCUGAUGUGGGGAAUGAUGUGGAGGUGGCAGCUGACGAGCCCGGACCCUCUGAAGAGCCGAAAACAUCUGGCCCAGCUCCUGCUGAGGAGAAUAUCCCCACCCCAGCUCCUGAUGAAGAGGAUGAGGCGUUGGUUACCACCCCGCACCAGGAGGUAAUCAAGAAAAUUGCAACGAAAAUUGCUAAAAUGAAAGAGAGGCAUCGGAAAACAGUCAUGGAAUUCCGAGCCCACAUCAGAAAAUCCCAGAAGAUGCUGCAGGAAUUCCAUGACCAAUAUGGAGAGGACCUGAAGGAACUCACAGGCUUGCAGGAACAACUGCAAAACUUGCCUUAAACUUAUUCAAAUUUUUUUUUUAUUAAAAAAGUUUUCUUCAGUUA